AAUUCGGUAAAAAAAUGAUUUGUUUCAAAAAUGAAAACUAAUUUGAUAAAUUCUAGACUAGAAGAUGAAAAGUUUCUAUUUUUAUACUUAAUUCAUAAUUACACAAGAAAUUUUGGAAUAUUUGUGAAAGAAGAAGAUAACCUUUUUUCUCUAUGUUAAUUAUGAAUAUUUGGAAAAUUAACAAACUUAAAUCUUGUAAGACUAAUUUUAUCCCAAAAAAUGGCUGGAGAAGUUGUAGUAGAUGCUUUACCAUAUAUUGAUCAAGGUUAUGAUGAACCAGGAGUCAGAGAAGCGGCAUUUGCUAUGGUUGAAGAGGAAUGUCGAAGAUAUCGACCAACAAAAAAUUACUUGGAACAUUUACCUCCUCUCAACAUAUCCUCUUUCGAAACACCAAUCAUGCAUAAUGAAUUUGAAAGGUUACAGAACAGAUUACCAAUGGAAACACUAUCUAUGAAACGUUAUGAACUACCACCACCACCAAGUGGAAAAUUAAAUGAAGUAGGAGCUUGGAAUGAAUGUGUUGAUAAUUCCCAAGCACAGUUGGAGCACCAAGCAGUUAGAAUUUUAAACUUGGAACUUAUGUUAGAAUAUUGUUGUCCAGCCUGGAAAAGGUAUCUACAAACUCUAGCUGACUCAGAGAAAAUAGCUUCCAAGAAGUUGAUGGAAUUAAGACGACAAUUACAACAAGUAAAUUGGCAGAGAAAAUCGUUGCAAACAAAAGGUGGAGAUCAAUUAAAGGCGCUAGAAGCUAAAUGGGUGGCUCUGGUGUCUCAUAAUUAUGAAAUAGAGCAAGCGUGUGUCAUGACUGAAGAGUAUUUAGCUCAAAUCAAACAAAAUCCUAAUAUUCACUGUAAACUUCACGAAUCAAUCAGUAAUUGAUACUAUUUUUUUUAUUCUCAAAUAAUUGUGUGUCUAAAUGUAUAAUUUGGAGAUAUGAUAGAAAAUAAAAGAAUUUAUUUUA